UAAUAGUGUGCCUUGAACACGACAAGUGAUAACGUCGAUAUUAUUAUGUUGAACGUUGUGUUAUCAUUAGUAUUAUGGGUAGCAGUUACGACUUCGUCAGAGAGCAGAGAAUGUGACAACCUCGGCGUACUGGUUUAUGAAGACAUGAAUUGUAAGCCUGUGCAUAAUGGAGCAAACAAGUGCCCUUCCAAGUAUGAGUGUCCGCAAUUGACGAAUCCAUCUGAAGAUUUAUGCUACUUCAGAAGUAAAACCUACCGUGAGGGAGAUUUCAUUCAUUCCAAUGAUACUUAUUGUCAAAUAGGUUGCAGUUGUCAAGGACCAAAGAGUUCGAAGUCUUUCCUUUGUGCUAUCGGAGAAUGUGGUCAGUUUGGGCCACCUCUUCCUGAAGGAUGUUACUUUGAAUAUGAUUUUAGCACCUGUUGUGGUGGAAGUACCUGUCCAACAGAGCCGGUACACAAAUGUACUUACGACAACGUAGAAUAUAAAGAAGGGGAAAGAUUUUUCCCAAAUAAAUCCUGCAGUAUGUGCAUCUGCCAAAAAGGGUUCAAAGGAAUCAUUGAAGAACCAUUCUGCAUACCUAGACAAUGCGAAGGACAAAUCAGGUUUCAGAAAGAAAUCAAGAACUUUUGUGCCCCGGUAUAUCGAAGGAUCGACGAUUUGCAGAAUGACAUCUUGUGCUGCCCAAAUGAAUAUUUAUGCCCUGACGGUAAAGAAGUCUUCAACGGGUUACCGACGUCUGCAGAAGAAUGCAGAUACGGAGCAAAAACUCUCAAAGUUGGCCAAGAGUUCAAGAAAGAGAUUAACAGAUGGGAAAAAUUUGUUUGCAAAUGUACAGUACCCCCUCUAGUUACUUGUGUCCCUGAGAAAUAACAACUGUUACGCGUUUGUUUUUUAAUGUAUAUAGUAAGAACCACCAUUAAAAAUAUAUCCCAAA